AUGGCUAAUGCAAAGCAACCAUACUUUGGUUUGAAAGGAGGAUGGCUGACACUGUGGAUUACGAUUGCUUGCGCCACGGAUAUGUCUCUGUUCGGCUACGAUCAAGGUGUCUUCAGCGGCGUCAAUAUAUCGCAGGAUUACCUCAACAUUCAUAACCUCAACGGCCCUGGCAAUACGGACACGCUCGCUAUUGUCACAGCUAUCUAUGAUGUCGGAUGUUUCUUCGGAGCCAUCGUCGCUUUCUGGAUUGGCGAGAAGCUGGGACGAAAGAAGACCAUUGUCAUCGGGACUACCACCAUGGCCGUCGGAGCCGCCUUGCAGACCUCGUCCUACAGCAUCGCCCACAUGAUCGUGGGACGCAUUGUGAGCGGUAUCGGCAACGGCGUCAACACCGCCACAGCUCCCGUCUGGCAAACCGAAACCUCGCAGCUGAAAUGGCGCGGCCAGCUCGUCGUGCUCGAAAUGAUGAUGAACAUCUUCGGAUUCAUGACUGUCAACUGGAUAAACUACGGCCUCUCGUUCGUCGGCGGCCCGAUCGCGUGGCGACUCCCGCUCGCUUUGCAAUACAUUUUCAUCUUCGUCCUCUGGGGCACAGUUCCUUGGCUCCCGGAGUCACCAAGAUGGCUGAUUGCUCACGACCGCGACGACGAAGUCAUUCCGAUUCUCGCUGACCUGGAGGAUAAGACCGUCAAUGACCCGUUUAUCAAGGCGCAGUACGAGGAGAUACGCUUCAGCGUGGAGUACGAAAGGAAAAAUGCGAUCCGAUGGCGCGAUAUUCUCCGCGGGCGAACACAAUCUGGAACCAAAACUAUACGGCGUCUGCUCCUCGGCGCCGGCACCCAAGCGAUGCAGCAGUUUGGCGGCAUCAACAUCAUGUCGUACUACCUGCCCACCCUCCUCAUAUCGUCUGUUGGCCUUUCUAAUCAAAUGGCUCGCCUCAUCGCCGCGCUUUCCGCUGUCGCCUACCUGUUCGCUUCUCUUAUUGCGGCGCCGCUUGUGGAGAAGUACGGCAGGCGCAUGAUGAUGAUCGUGUCGACCGCGAUUCAGUUCUUCUGCUUCCUCCUUAUGACUAUUCUUCUCUACUAUGCCAAUGACCCUACGAGGUCCGAUCACCAGACCUUCGGAAAGGCUUCAGUCGUGUUCUUCUUCCUCUACUACAUCGGCUUUGGGCUUGGCAUGCUGGGGAUCCCAUGGCUCUAUCCCACCGAGAUCAAUUCCCUCCCCAUGCGUACGAAAGGCGCAGCUGUCGCCACCGCCACCGACUGGAUCACUAACUUCGUCGUCGUCGAAGUGACGCCCCGCGGCCUGCAGAAUCUCGGUUGGAGGUUCUACAUCGUCUGGACGGUCCUGAAUGCCGCCUUCCUGCCCAUCUUAUACCUCUUCUAUCCUGAGACUUCUGAUCGCUCCCUCGAGGACAUUGAUGCGUACUAUCGCGAGAACCCAUCACUCAUUGUUAUUGGCGACAAAGACGCCAUCUCGGUGAGGCGGCCGCAGAAGUUCGUUGAUAUGGAGAGGGAGGACAUUGAGAAGGCGAGGAGGAACGAAGGAAUGACUGAGAGGAGGAUUCAUAGUGUCAAUGCUGCUGAGAAAGAGGUGUAG